GUGAGCCCUACGGUGGCCGCGGCGGGUCAGAAAGGGUCGGGUUUCGGCGCGGGGCGCGCGGCAGGGAACCUAUUAGCGCAGCGCAGGGGGCGCGCCGGCUUUCAGGACCCGCGGGGGGCGGCAGCAUGGAGGACGACGCGCCGGUGAUCUACGGGCUGGAAUUCCAGGCCCGUGCGCUGACCCCGCAGACGGCAGAGACGGACGCCAUCCGGUUUCUGGUUGGGACGCAGUCUCUGAAAUACGACAAUCAGAUCCACAUCAUAGAUUUUGACGACGAAAACAACAUCAUAAACAAAAAUGUCCUCCUCCACCAAGUGGGUGAAAUCUGGCACAUUAGCGCCAGCCCCGCGGACAAAGGCGUGCUGGCCACCUGCUACAACAAGAGGAGCAGGACGCUCGUUAGCAUCUGUCACCUUAGACGGCAUCACACGCUCACCCUCCUUCCCGUGGGCUCCGGAAUGUGACAGUGGGGGCGUCUCCCUGUUUCUGUGGGCUCCAGGUGCCGUUCUGGAACCCGAGGGCUGCCCUUCUGCGUCAUAGAACCCUGCGUGCGCCUCCUCUAUCCCCACCCCCUGGUCUGAAAACACGUCUCUUCAGGGCAGGAGGAUGGUUUCUGAACGGCCUUUCUGCCCUGAUUCUCUGUCUCUUUUCUUAGCUUUUCACUGCGUCAUUGGUUGAUGGGGCGCAGCCUCCCGGGACCCACGCUAAGGCCCUUUCUUCCUUCGUCGUCCGUGUCGGAGGAGCUUCUCCAGGGAGGCCCUUCCUCCUUUGUCCUUUGAGGAAAGUCACUUCCUGUGCUGUGGUCUCUGACGGCUGGGGCACCACCUCCACCUUCCCGCGGCCUGUUUGGGAUGGAGACGUACUCUGUACUUGUGUGGGAGCAGCUUUAACUAGUUGAUCACGUACGUGCCCUCCCCGCUUGGUGUGGAUGGUCUGCGGGUCUGUGGCCCUGACAGCCAUGUGCUCCAUCCCCCGGGUGACAUUCACCGUCCACCUCCUCCAGCCCUUCUCUGGUCCCCGUGGGGGGAGGGGGACAGAGGCACGGCCUGAGCAGUUCCUACUUUCCAAGCUCUGCUCCCCUCCCUGCCCGGGAACGGCAGCGCGUUGCAGGCGGUGAGUGACCUCAAAUUCCCCCCUCCGUCAUCACCGUGUGCAGCCUCGCUCACCUCUGUCCUGGCUCACUGACAGGCCGUCACUGCAGUCGUCUAAGCUUAACCAUCGUCUGACGAUGGUGAGAAAUCGGGUCUCGGCGUCAGGGUGGUGGUGGGCUUUGUACACUCAGUACAUUCUUCCGGAACUUCUACAUGGAUGAAGGUUUUAAAAAAAACACCUCUAGUUUUUCUUUCUGAUAACUUUACAAGAAGAAUGUGUCAAUGUGGAAGCAAGAGGAGGGCAGGAGGGAGGGCGAGGCUACACCACGGUCGUCGGCAGCCUGGAGUCUGCACAGGGCGGUGACGGAGCGGCUCCCGGGCGAUGGGCCGAGCUCCCUGCAGGCAGAAGCACACCCUCAUGGUUGCCGACGUCCCCCGGGGGCCAGGCCUCUGAGCCCGGGAACAUGCUGUCACUCAGGGAAGUCACACUGGAUCCUGACACCCGCCCCUCCCACGUCCACUUCAGAUCUGUGAGAUCUGCAUGGGCACUCGGACUCCUAGGUUCAGGUCCGCACAGGUCUCCGGUGCUUUGGGAAAAAAGCAUCCUAUAUAAUAAAGAGCUAAUAUGCUAAUUAGACCGAACAGCAGAACGACCAUCCGGACGACCUUCUGGAUGAAGCCGGGGCUGUGAGGGCUGAGCAGCCGGUCUGCGGAGGCCGAACCCCUUGCACAGAUUUCGUGCAUCAGGCCUCUAGUGUUUCAGAUCAUCUUUAAUGGACUCUUUAAAAACUAUGGCUUUACUACCUUCA